GUGCUCUGCAGUAAGGUCACCGCUGACACUCGGUAGCUAGCACGCCAGCGGCCGAAGGAAGCGGAGGAGAUCCAUUCAGGACGGUGAACGACAGAACCAACAGAACCAGGCGACAUGUCUCUCUCCAACAAACUCACACUGGACAAGGUGGACGUCAACGGGAAGCGCGUCAUCAUGAGGGUGGACUUCAACGUUCCCAUGAAGGACAAGCACAUCACAAACAACCAGAGGAUCAAGGCAGCAGUUCCAAGCAUCAAGUACUGUCUGGACCACGGAGCCAAGUCCGUGGUGCUGAUGAGCCAUCUGGGGCGUCCUGAUGGCAACGCCAUGCCUGAGAAGUAUUCCCUGGAGCCGGUCGCUGCUGAGCUCAAGACUCUCCUGGGGAAGGACGUGGCCUUCCUGAAGGACUGCGUGGGUCCAGAGGUGGAAGCCGCCUGCGCUAACCCCGCUGCCGGCUCCGUCAUCCUGCUGGAGAACCUCCGCUUCCACGUCGCCGAGGAGGGAAAAGGCAAGGACCCCUCUGGAAACAAGACCAAGGCCACCCAGGAGCAGACGGACUCCUUCAGGGCGUCUCUUUCCAAACUGGGGGAUGUUUACGUCAACGACGCCUUCGGGACGGCUCACAGAGCUCACAGCUCCAUGGUGGGAGUUAAUCUGCCUCAGAAGGCGGCAGGUUUCCUCAUGAAGAAGGAGCUGGACUACUUCGCCAUGGCUCUGGAGAAACCUCAGAGACCCUUCCUGGCCAUCCUCGGAGGAGCGAAGGUGAAAGAUAAGAUCCAGCUGAUCAACAACAUGCUGGAUAAGGUCGACGAGAUGAUCAUCGGCGGCGGCAUGGCCUUCACAUUCCUCAAAGUCCUCAACAACAUGGAGAUCGGUACAUCCCUGUUCGACGAGGAGGGUGCUGGCAUUGUCAAAGACCUGAUGGCCAAAGCCGAGAAGAACGGAGUCAAGAUCACGCUGCCCGUUGACUUUGUGACCGCCGACAAAUUUGACGAGAAGGCCACCACCGGCACCGCAACCGUGGCCGCCGGUAUCCCUGCCGGCUGGAUGGGUCUGGACUGCGGACCGGAGAGCUCCAAGCAGUACGCUGAAGCGGUGGGCCGGGCCAAGCAGAUCGUGUGGAACGGUCCAGUCGGCGUGUUCGAGUGGGACAACUUCGCCAAGGGGACGAAGAGCCUGAUGGACAAAGUGGUGGAGGUGACCAAAUCAGGCUGCGUCACAAUCAUCGGUGGGGGCGACACUGCGACCUGCUGCGCCAAGUGGGACACAGAAGACAAGGUUAGCCAUGUGAGCACCGGCGGUGGCGCCAGUCUGGAGCUGCUGGAGGGUAAGGUCCUGCCCGGCGUGGACGCCCUCAGCAGCGUCUAAAGCUGCUGCCAGCUGGAGUGUGUCUGUCUGUGAGUGUGAGAGGUGGAGGAUUUCUCCUGAGGCGUCCCCAGAAGUGUCAUAAACACACCUGACCCUAACCUGCAGAGGAUCCCCCCCCCCCCCCCCCCCCACUCCUUCAGCUGCGACUCACAGGAGAGUCUGUGCUCCUCUCAGAUCUGCUGUCAUUUACAAGUAGAGCGCUCCGCCUUACGUCAACGGGCUGCUUUCAAACUGAGAGCCUUGUACUUUACCCACAACAUGCGUAUUUGACCGUUUUUAACUUUAAAAAGUUAAACGAUACUUUAAGUUCCCAGCUGUGAAGCAGCGGUAAGGACUCUGCUUCGUUCAUAACGGACAGCCUCCGUUCACCACCAUGAGGUCAACGCUGCAGCACCAUGAGAGUAUAGUGUAUAUGUGGAGCUUCUGUAGAAGGUGUUAAUGCGGUGUUUGUAGAUGUUAACCUUUUUGUCUGUUGGCACUGACUGACUUCGCCUGUCUGACCUGUUCUGGCUAAUAAAACCGUCUCUGUGUUCGUCUCCUCAU